GCGCGCCAGGCGGCGGGGCCGGGGCCGGGCCGGGGACGUGGCCGGCAUGCUGGACUUCGUGCUCUUCGCGGCCACCUUCCUGCUGGUGCUGGUGGGCGCCGUCCUCUACCUCUACCCGGCUUCCAGGCAGGCUUCAGGUAUCCCGGGAAUGACUCCGACGGAUGAAAAGGAUGGGAACCUCUCAGACAUCAUAACCAGCGGCAGCUUGCAUGAGUUCCUGGUGAAUCUCCAUGAGAAGUACGGCCCGGUCGUCUCCUACUGGUUUGGGCGGCACCUUGUGAUCAGCCUCGGGUCCAUUGACCUUCUGAAGCAGCACAUCAACCCAAACAGGACGUCGGAUCCUUUUGAAACAAUGCUGAAGUCCUUGUUGCGGUAUCAGUCUGGCCUGGGUGGAGAUGUGGGUGAGAGCUGCCUAAGAAAAAAGUUGUAUGAAACGGGUGUGGCCAAGUCACUGCAGAGUAACUUCCCUGUCAUCCAAAAGAGUCACUCGCUGAUGCAGUGGGGCCAUAGCUCAGCAUCAGCGCUCUGGCUUUGGAUGUAUGAGCUGUCGGAAGAGUUGCUGGCAAAGUGGCUGUCCUUCCCUGAGACUCAGCAUGUGCCCCUCAGCCAGCAUAUGCUAGGGUUUGCAAUGAAAGCAGUGACACAGAUCGCAAUGGGCAGCAGGUUCGAAGACGACCAAGAAGUUAUCCGAUUCCGCAGGAACCAUGAUGCGAUAUGGGCAGAAAUAGGAAAAGGGUUCUUGGAUGGGUCACUUGACAGAAGUACAACCAGAAAAAAGAUGUAUGAAAACGCUUUGAUGGAAUUGGAGCUGGUCUUGAAGAAAGUCAUCAAAGAGAGGCAGGGCAGGAGCGUCAGCCGACAUAUCUUCAUAGACUCUCUGCUGCAAGGCAACCAGAGUGACAAGCAGAUACUGGAAGACACGAUGAUAUUUUCCCUUGCAGGAUCCGUAAUCGCUGCCAAGUUGUGCACCUGGGCGGUGUACUUCUUGACUACUGCCAAAGAAGUUCAACAGAAGCUGUACAAGGAGAUGGAGCAAGUUCUAGGGAAGGGUCCCAUUACAUACGCGAAAAUUGAGCAGCUCAGAUAUUGCCGGCAGGUUCUGUGUGAGACAGUGAGGACAUCGAAGCUGACGCCAAUCGCUGCACGGCUGCAAGAACUGGAGGGCAGGGUUGACCAGCACAUUAUUCCGAAAGAGACUCUAGUGCUGUAUGCUCUAGGUGUGGUGCUGCAAGACAGCUCAGCUUGGCCAUUGCCCUACAGAUUUGAUCCAGAUAGAUUCAAUGAUGAAACUGCCAUGAAAAACCUGUCUCUUCUGGGCUUUUCUGGAAGUCAAGAGUGCCCUGAGCUGAGGUUUGCCUAUAUGGUAGCCACCGUAUUGCUGAGCGUGGUGGUGAGGAAGCUGCACCUGUGCCCUGUGGAAGGACAAGUUAUAGAUAUCAAAUAUGAGCUGGUCACCUCACCGAAGGAGGAAGCGUGGAUAACUGUAUCCAAGAGAAACUGAGGCAAAGAGGGAAACCCUUUCUCGUGUGAAGAGCCAUCUGGCACCACCACACCCAGCAUACUUAUUCUGAAUCCACCUCAGACAUUUUCCUCCUCCUCUAACAAUAAAAUCAGGGUAUCUUUUACUAUGAAUCUACUCUGUAAACACAGGAGUAAUACAAGAGGAGAUUGCUGUAAGUUUUUUAAAAAAACUGUAGACCUUCCAUCCUGCCCCCAUCCCUUCUGAUUUGGAAGCCCUUAUCUCUGUUUGGCCCCGUUGUGGUAAAACUUUGCACAUGCACAAAGGAACUCUUUUUUUCUCUCUGAAGGACUUUUUUAAUCGCUCAGGGGAACUACUUGUUCAGUAUUGAGCCCUGACUUCGAAUUAAGCCCUGACUUUGCUUACAAAAACAAAUAAAAGGCUACAAACUGUUGUUUACCAAGCUAUGGUGGAGAUCAGACGCACAUUUUUCAUUAAUAAAGGUGUAAAACCCUGCAGCUGUUCUCUAUCCCCUACAGCAGGGAUGGGGAAAGUGAACUUUA